AUGGUCAAGGCUGUUGCUGUCAUCCGCGGCGAUUCGAAGAUCGCUGGCACUGUUACUUUCGAACAGGCCGAUGAGAACACCCCCACCACCAUCUCCUGGAACAUUACUGGCCACGAUGCCAAUGCCGAGCGCGGCUUCCACAUCCACCAGUUCGGUGACAACACCAACGGCUGCACCUCCGCUGGUCCUCACUUCAACCCCUUCGGCAAGACCCACGGUGCCCCUGGUGAUGAGGACCGCCACGUCGGUGACCUUGGCAACUUCAAGACUGAUGCCGAGGGUAACGCCGUUGGCUCCGUCCAGGAUAAGCUUGUCAAGCUGAUUGGCGCUGAGAGCGUUCUUGGCCGCACCCUUGUUGUCCACGCUGGUACUGAUGACCUUGGCCGUGGCGGCAACGAAGAGUCCAAGAAGACUGGCAAUGCCGGUCUCCGCCCUGCCUGUGGUGUUAUUGCACGAGUCAAGUCUGUCAUCUCAGGCGACACUGUCGUGCUGUCGCAUGUCACCAACCCAGAACAAGAACGAAUUUUGAGUCUGGCAUAUGUUGCUGCUCCCCGGCUACGAAGAGAGGGUGAUGAGCCAAACGGCUUCCAAUCCCGUGAAUUUCUUCGCGAGCUCCUCGUCGGCAAAAUCGUCGAAUUCCAGGUGACUUACACCAUCCCAACUGGGGCCAAGCGCGAUUACGGCAUUAUCAAGCUGCCUGGGUUUGACGCACAACUCCCAGACCUCAGCAUCCAGGAGGGUUGGACGCACGUUCGUGACGAGGCUGGAAAGCGUAGUGAUGAUAGUCCUGAGACAAUUGCAUUUUUGGAGAGAUUGCGAGCACUUGAGUCACUUGCUAAGAGUGCGGGGAAGGGAAUUUGGGCGAGUUCAGACGGCGUCAUUACGACAAGCUAUGAACUGACAAAUGCACCCGAACUGCUCAAGAAAUACAAGGGCGAACAACUUGAGGGCAUUAUUGAGAAGGUUUUCAAUGGUGAUCGUGUGAUCUUACGUCUCCUUUUGACACCAGAGGAGCACUUGCAGACCGUGGUCGCCGUUGCUGGUAUUCGGGCACCUUCUGCCAAGCGCACGUCCGCUGAUGGCAAAGAACACCCUGCCGAGCCUUAUGGCGCCGAGGCCUUGCAAUUCGUUGAGUCACGUUUGCUCCAGCGCAAGGUCAAGGUUGCGCUGGUCGGACUUACCCCACAGGGCCAACUUGUUACUUCCCUCCUCCACCCCCAAGGAAACAUUUCACAAUUCCUCCUCGAAGCAGGCUUGGCUCGCUGCCAGGAUACCCAUUCUACCAUGUUGGGUCAGAAUAUGCUCUCCCUGCGACAGGCUGAGCUGUCUGCCAAGACUGCUCGCAAGGGUAUUUUCACAGGUUUGGCUGGCCCCAAGGGUGGUGCUGCAGCUUUGGAGUACACUGUCAGCCGUGUGGUGAAUGCCGACACAAUUUUUAUUCGCAAUAAGGCCGGAGUUGAGAAGAAAAUCAGCAUUACUAGCAUUCGUCAGCCCAAGCCUUCUGACCCGAAGCAGGCUCCCUUCGCCGCUGAUGCCAAGGAGUUCCUGCGCAAGCGCUCGAUUGCCAAGCAUGUCAUGGUUUCAGUCAAUGGCAAGAAGCCUGCCAAUGAAGGCUACGAAGAGCGUGAGGUCGCUACUGUGAUCCAGGGUAACACCAACCUCGGCUUGGCUCUCGUUGAGGCUGGUUACGCCUCCGUUAUUCGUCACCGUAUGGAUGAUGACGACCGUUCCCCUGAUUACGAUUCUCUCCUCGUUGCGGAAGCCGAGGCUCAGAAGGAAGGACGUGGAAUGUGGGCAGCUAAGCCCCCCAAGAACAAGCAGGUCAUUGACUACUCCGAGAACGUGCAAAAAGCUAAGCUUGAAGUUGGCGUGCUCCAGCGGUCAAAGCGCAUCCCUGGUGUUGUUGAUUUCGUCAAGUCUGGUUCUCGCUUCACUGUGCUCGUGCCCCGUGAGAAUGCCAAGUUGACCCUUGUCAUCUCGGGUAUCCGCGCCCCUCGAUCCGCUCGUGGCCCCAGUGAUGUUGGUGAACCGUUCGGACAGGAAGCCCAUGACCUUGCUAAUCGUCGCUGCUUGCAACGUGAUGUCGAGAUUGAUGUCGAAACCAUUGACAAGGUUGGCGGCUUCAUCGGUGCCCUCUAUGUGAACAAGGAAAACUUUGCCAAGAUUCUUCUCGAAGAGGGUUUGGCUACUGUGCACGCAUACUCAGCCGAGCAGUCUGGCCACGCAACUGAAUAUUUUGCCGCCGAGGAGCGGGCCAAGGAGGCUCGCAAGGGUCUUUGGCACGACUGGGACCCCAGCAAGGAGGCUGAAGAAGCAGAGCAGACUGCCGCCAGCACAGAAGUUGAUAAUGAUGCCGCUCCCGCUGAACGCCGUCACGAUUACCGCGACGUGAUGGUCACGUUUGUUGACCCUGCUACCGGUCGUCUCAAGGUGCAGCAGGUCGGCGCCGGUACCACCGCCCUGACUGAACUGAUGAAUGCAUUCAGAACAUUCCAUCGCAACCCAGCCAAUAACGUUCCCCUACCCGGUCCCCCCAAGGCCGGUGACUGGGUUUCCGCUCAGUACUCCGACGACAACAUGUGGUACCGUGCCAAGGUCCGACGUAACGACCGUGAGAACAAAAAGGCCGAGGUGGUGUACCUCGACUUCGGUAACUCGGAGAUCCUCCCCUGGACCUCCCUGCGCCCUAUGCAGCCCCAGUUCUCGGGCCAGAAGCUGCGUCCUCAGGCUUUCGAUGCUAAGCUUUCCCUCCUUCAGUUCCCCGCUUCAUCUGACUACCUUGAGGACACUGUCUCUUUCAUCGCAGACCAGACCUCCUGCCUUGACCUUGUAGCCAACGUCGAUCACGUUGACAGCGAUGGUUUGCUCCACGUGACACUUCUUGACCCGAAGUCGUCCAAGAACGUCGAUGAAAGUAUCAAUGCUGAUAUCGUUGCGGAAGGCCUGGCUAUGGUCCCUCGCAAACUUACUGCUUGGGAGCGCGCUGCUGUCGAUACCAUCGACAACCUGCGUCUCCUUGAGAAAGAGGCGAAGGCCGAGCGCCGCGGUAUGUGGGAGUACGGCGAUCUGACUGAGGAUUAG